GGUGAAUGGAAUGUGGUAUGCGUCGGCCAUUGGCUUUCCUAACGCCCAUUGCCUCAAUGUUCCGUCCCCUGUUCCUUCUACGGUUCUCUACCCCCAUCCUCCUCCAGAGACGUGCGCCUGCCCGAGCACCUCGUCCUCUCCUCUUCCUCCCUCGAUCCCAAGAGUUGCUUCUGAGCCAUGUGCAUCCUACUUGAAUCUCAAGUUGAAGGGAGUUGCGGUGGCAUGGGUGAUUCGCAUCGACGACCGGGAAAGCGAAGGAAGAUAGGGUCGCCUGCGAAGGAGAGCAGAGAUGAUCGAGCCCUGUGCCAGGAUCUUAUCGACGAUCUGCCGGACGAAUGCCUCUUGCUUAUCUUUAGUUUGCUUCCGGCUCCGAGAGAUCGCUGUCGCUGCGCUGCGGUGUCGAGGAAAUGGUUGGCGCUGCAGGCCUCGAUGCGAAGGUCUGAGUUCGGAGCCAACGCCGUGCUUCUACCGGAAGCGAGGCAAGAGAUGUCCAGAUGCAUCAAGGGGAGUGAGGCAAAUGACUGGAGGCUGGCAGCCAUGGCCAUUGGGAUCGACGCAUGUGAGGUUUUGACCCAUCUAUCCGUGAUGGAGACGCUUCCAUCUUGUCCUCUUCCUCCUCUGCAACAUGCGGGGAAUCAUCGUCACAUCUCGGACGUCGGCCUCUUCGUCAUCGCACAGGCUUGCACUGACCUACGAUCUCUCGCUUUACACAACUGCAUCAAAGUAAGCGACCGAGGCCUCGCGGCGAUCGCACAGAACUGCAGCGCGCUGAAGAACCUGGAGCUGACCAAUGCAUUCUCGGUGACCGACCGUGGCCUGAUGCUUAUCGCGUCCGGAUGCCCGAACCUGGCAUCGUUGAGGCUCACCGCAUGUCCGAGCGUCACCGAUCGCUCGCUGGUGGCUUUCUCCAGGCAUUCCACUCUGCUCAACUCGUUCGCCGUCGCCCAGUGUCCUCUCAUCACCGACCACGGGAUCCUCUCCAUCGUCGUCCUGCAAACCAAGCUAGAGACCCUCAAGAUCUCGUCGAUGAAGUUAGGCGACAAGGUUGUCCAAGCAAUCGCAUGCCACCGCAAGGAAAUCAAGCUGUUGUCUCUGGAGAAAGUGUGGGGUUCAUCGGUGAUAGGCUACAGUUGGAUCGCAGAGGCGAGCGGUCUCAGGGCCCUCUCGCUCGACGCUUGCGAGGGGUUGACGGACGGAUGCUUCGUGAGGGCAUCACCAUCCAUCAGCUUCGCCGGCCUCACGAAGGUUUCGUUGAAGAGCUGCCCGUCGCUCACAGAUUUAAGUCUGCUGGCGCUCACGAAACUAGCGGUCAAACUGGAGAAUCUGCACCUGGAAAACUUCAGGGGAGUUUUCAGCUACAGAGGCCUGGUGUUUGCUCUGGAGAACUGCAGCCAUACCUUGAAGGAGCUAAAUCUAGUCAAUUGCGGCUUCUAUGGCCAUGGAACAGAGCAGCAAGAGGGCGAGCCCUGUUUUCUUCUUCCUCAACGAUGCCCGGCGCUGCAGACCGUGAAGCUGGAAGAGUGCGAGGGGCUCGGAGACGGCUUCGUCGUCUGGGUCGGGCAGGCUUGCAAGAGCGUCGCAGACGUCAGCUUCGUGCGCAUGGGCUCGAUCACCGACCGAGGCAUAACCUCCUUCCUGAAGCAGCUCAAGGGGUGGAACGAGAUCACGAGGGUGGACCUGAGCGGGUGCACCCGGCUGGGCGACCGGAGCGUAUGGGCGGUGACGAGGGAGUGCAAGGGGAGGCUGAGGUCGCUGGCGCUGAAGGGGUGCGGGCGCGUGACGGACCGCGGGGCGUCGGUGAUCACGAGGCGGUGCGGCAGGCUGGUGGAGCUGGACCUGGGCGGUUGCAACAUCGGCGACGAGGCCGUGGAGAAGCUGGUGGAGGGGGACCCCUCCGACCUCGAGUCACUCUCGCUCGCCGGCUGCGCCGAAAUCACGGACCGGACGCUCCAAGCACUGGACGAGUACGGCGGCCUUUGCCUGAACCGGCUGAACCUAACCGGUUGCCCGAGACUUAGCCGGUCCAGGAUCCAUCUCAUCAAGCCGUACAUCGACGAAGUCGAGUACUGAGGAGGGAGCCCAAUAUUUUCCGCAUGGACCGGCCGCUUUUUUCCGGUUCAGGUUUAGUGACCGGGAGUUGGUUUUCUGGGGUCAUUUUGGGCAAAAUAACUGACGAAUGUGUGACGGCACUAUCGACUCGGGGAGUUCACCAUUUGUAUGCUUAUGCAAAUAAAUGAUUAGAUAGAGGAAGGUUUAAUUGA